AUGGAUGAAGAAGUGCUGAAGGCUGCUAUCCAAUUUGUGGACGAACUUGUUGAACUUGGGGUACUUCGAAGCAUCGAUGAAGGACUCACUGUCCUCACCAAUGCCCCUUUAUUUGUUGUCGGGAAGGAUGGCCAACCUGGACAAUGGCGGGUAAUUUCUGACAUGCUACAAGGUGGUCAGAACGAUUGUGUUGGGCAGGACCCUGUCUUCAUGCCCAGGAUAGCCCACAUUGUGGACCAAAAGUACACUGAAGGAUACUCUGCAGUGGUUGACCUGUCCAAGUUCUUUUACAAUUUUCCGACACAUCCAGAGGACCGACCGUACCUUGGUCUCCUGCAUCCUAAGACCGAAGAGCUACUGACCUACUAUGGACUAGCUAUGGGGGCCGGAAACAGUCCAGCCAUUGCCUGCCGGAUCGGUCUCGCCUUUGUACGACUUGUGAAGGAGAAAUUUGGCGUUUUCCAAGGUGAAGCCAGAGCUAACUGCUACUGGACAGGUCUACAAGACAAUGGAUUUGAUCCACAGCUUGGUUAUGAAUUCAUCUUGACCUCCAACGAUGGAGGAGCUGUGCACAUCUGGGUAUGGGUAGACGAUUUCCUCAUCCAUGGGCCCACGGACAAAAAGACAGCCCAAGGGCUGCAAUUCUUCUUGGACACGGCAGUUGACUCUGUCCCUUGCCUUCAAAUCCCGGAAGCCAAGAAGAGGGCGCUGGAUAUCUGUGAUUACUUGCUACAAUCUCCAAAGCACAAGAAGUGGUCCCGUCUGGGCCUUGCAGUUGCAGUUGGCGUUUUGGAGUCCCUUACGGAAGCAACUCCCUGGCAAUUGGGACAUACUCAUCUCAAAGAGUUCCAUACCAUAGUCCACCCUCCAGGACUUGGCAAUGGAGCGGCACCCUACUACACUACCACCUCCCUCAACUUGGAAGUCCUCGACGAACUCCAGUGGUGGCGACAGUUCCUCACUCGGAGUGAAGGACUCUUUGUUAGAGGAUGGGAAGCUGCAACACUAGUCCCAACCUUUGGAGACGGGAGUGAAACUGGCACUGGGGGCACCAUCCAGCUCCCAAAUUGUGACUUUGAGAUGUGGCGAGGAAAAUGGAAGCCAUUCAUCUACAUCUUCCCUUCUGUAUGGAAAGAGUUGGCAACCCUGAAAGAGACCCUGCUUCGGAUCAAAGAAAGCCCCCAUGCCCGCCAGGUGAUUGGGACUACCGUUUUCUACUUCACUGACAACUCGGAGUCUAUUGGAUUGCCACCACUGGCUCUUCUAGGACACGCUCCCUCCACAAAUUGA